AUGAUCUCGCCAAAGCUCGUCAUCGAAGUCCUUUCGAUGGAAAUACAGCAAGCCCAAGACGACGACACGACACUGAUCCUGGAAGGAAACGUGCUUCAUGUCCAAGGAUUCGUCGACCUCGAAUGGAGCAUCCCCGGCCGAAGGGGAGGACUGAAACGCAAACGACCGCCGCGCACCGCUCGCUUCAAAGUCACGACGCUGUACGAACCGCCCUUCGACAUCACGGUUGGGAGGCAACUGGCGUCAGAGUGCGGCCUAAUUGGGCUUCCCCGUCAGGAGCAGUGA